AUGAAGAGUGAACACUUUCCAUUUUCGUACGAAAGUAAUCUUCUCAUUUUGGAAAGGGUGACUCAUAAUCUAUUGAAUGCUGCGGCGGCCGCGGCGGCGGCGGCGGAAGCCUUGGGCGGUAGCGGGGGUGGGAGACGCAUGCCUCCCCCGCUACUUCGGUCCCGCACGCUACCGGCCAUCAUCGCGCCCGGAUUUUCUAUACUGCACGCACAGAUCGAUCCCCAGAGAACAAAUGGCCAGAGGCGCUUACUUGAUCAUGCCAGCGGUUUCUUCUCCGAUACAAAUGGAGAGUCCCCCGACUAG